UGUGACACACGACUAUAUAAGCUUUAUGUCCAACCUGCAACAGUCCAAGAGGGACUCUGUGUCUUCAUCCCCUGCAACUUCACUUAUAACCCAGAUCAUGCCAGGAAUACUUCCAAAUUGUAUGGAUACUGGUACAAGGGAGGAUGUCCGCCUUCUCCUCCUUUAGUGGCCAGCAACGAUCCAAAGAAAACUAUAGCAGAAAAUGCUCGGAAUCGCUUUAUUCUUUCAGAUGAAGUGGGACAAGGCAGCUGUUCUCUUGUCAUCAAUGAUGCCCAAAAUAAUGAUGGAGGGAAGUACUGCUUUAGAAUGGAGAAAAGACCUGGAGCCAUUUUUAAUUUCCCAGAUGAACUGGAAGUGACUGUAAAAGCAGCAGAUGACCAGCAGGAUCUCACCUGCACAGUCACCUAUGGAGCAGGAAGCAACUCUAUCUCCAUGGAGGCAUCCAUUCCUCUGAAUGUCAGAUAUUUGAUAAACUUCGCAGAUGCCACUGAUGCCACUCAGAUUGUGGCACUGCACUGCAAGGCGAAGGGAAACCCUUCACCCAGUGUGGCAUGGGUGGAUGAAUCACAAUCCUUGGGAAUAGUUUAUCUCAUAACAGACAGUGAAUUGAAGUUUCCCAGUGCAGAGAUACAACAUGCAGGCACAUACAAGUGUCAAGCAAAGAACAGCGAAGGCGUUAUUGAGAAAACCUUCCGGUUUGCCAUAACAGCUAGCAGUAAAGUUAGAAAGAGAUUGAAGUUUCAUCCAGAAGAGAACAUAAAAGAAGAAAAGAAAAGAGAGGAGAUGUGCUACCUCCUUGAGGUCUUAGUUGUUGGGCUUCUUUCAACUGACCUCUUUUGGGAUGGUGUGUGGUGUGACAUAAAUCUAUUAAAUCUUUAUGUCCAACCUGUGACAGUCCAAGAGGGACUCUGUGUCUUCAUCCCCUGCAACUUCACUUAUGACCCAGCUGAUGCUGACAUUAAUUCCAAAUUGUAUGGAUACUGGUCCAAGGGAGGAUGUCCGCCUUCUCCUUUAGUGGCCACCAACGAUCCAAAGAAAACUAUAGCAGACAAUGCUCAGAAUCGCUUUUUUCUUUCAGAGGAAGUGGGACAAGGCAACUGUUCUCUUGUCAUCAAUGAUGCCCAAAUAAAUGAUGGUGGGGAGUACUGCUUCAGAAUGGAGAAAGCACCUAAAGCAUACUUUAAUUUCCCAGAUAGAUUGAAAGUGACUGUAAAAGGUGAGUGGCGAUAA